AUGGUUUUUUCUUCCUUCCCAGCAUAUCUUGAUCCAGCCAACUGGCAGCAACAACCAAAUCACCAAACUGGAGUAAGUAGCAGUACGGUUACCCAGCUUCUUCCUCCUCCUCCUCCACCUCCACCAUCGCUACCACCCCAACCCCCACAACCUCAUGGAAGUGGAGGUGUAGGAUCCAUCCGUCCGGGUUCUAUGGCAGAUCGAGCACGGUUAGCAAACAUAUCUAUGCCGGAGGCAGCAUUAAAAUGUCCAAGAUGUGAAUCAACCAACACCAAGUUUUGCUACUUCAACAACUACAGUCUCACCCAGCCUCGCCACUUUUGCAAAACUUGUAGAAGGUACUGGACUAGAGGAGGUGCCUUAAGGAAUGUCCCUGUUGGAGGUGGCUGCAGGAGGAACAAGAGAAGCAAGGGAAGCAGCUCAAAAUCUCCCAUAAGUGGUGACCGUCAAACCAGUUCUUGUUCCUCGGGCACCGUCUCUUCUAACAGCGGGACCAGUGAUAUGUUAGGUCUUGGACCACAGGUUCCGCCCCUGCGGUUCAUGGCUCCUCUUCACCAUCUAACUGAAUUUUCUUCUGGGGAUAUUGGGUUAAAUUAUGGUGCCCUUUCAAACACUCCAGUUGGGGGAGCAAGUGACCUGAAUUUUCAAAUAGGGAAUGCAUUAGCUAGUGUUGGUCUUGGUGGUAAUGGUGGUGCUGGAGGUUCUCUUUUGUCAAUGGGUGGUUUGGACCAGUGGAGGUUGCAGCAAGAGCAGCAACUGCCCUUUCUGGGAGGAUUGGAUUCUUCUUCUUCUGGGUUAUACCCAUUCGAAGGUGGCGCUGGACCAUCUGGUUAUGGUGGUGGAGCUGAUUAUAUAAGACCAAAGAUAUCAAGUUCUAAAGCUACUCAGUCAGCUUCUGUGAAAAUGGAAGAGAAUCAGGGGUUGAAUUUGUCAAGGCAGUUCAUGGGAAUUCCAGGGAAUGAUCAGUAUUGGAGUGGUACUUCAUGGACAGAUCUUUCAAGUUUUAGUUCUUCUUCCACUAGCAAUCCUCUAUAG